UAUUUUAUAAUUGCGAGUUCAAUAAUUCAUAUUAGAACUUUUAAUUCAUUUCCCAACGACAAGCUGUGUCAAAAGUCAAAGGCCACAGAUAAUAUCAGAGUUUUGUUUUGUAAACCCAGAAAGUUGAUCAAAAUAGAGCAGACAAAUAGUUGAUGUUCUACUAUCACUGAUUACCUGUUUCAACAAACCAACAACCAAGAAAGUGUGUAAUGGGGAGUGACACGUGGAAAGCCCAUUUUGGCAUGGCGGUUGUGCAGCUAUUAUACGGUGGGUACCAUGUAAUUACUAAAGUAGCCCUUAAUGUUGGAGUCAACCAGCUUGUCUUCUGCUUCUACAGAGAUCUCCUUGCACUCUUUAUUAUUUCUCCUAUUGCUUUUUUCAAAGAAAGACAUACAAGGCCUCCUAUUACUAAGAAACUAUUGAUGUCAUUUUUCUUUCUUGGAUUAACUGGGAUAUUUGGCAACCAACUCUUGUUUCUUAUUGGUUUAAGUUAUACUAAUCCAACUUAUGCAGCUGCCUUACAGCCAGCUAUUCCUGUCUUUACCUUUCUGUUGACUGUAAUGAUGGGUGUAGAAAGAGUGAACUUGCACAGUUUGGAAGGUCUGGCAAAGGUUGGAGGAACGCUUAUAUGUGUUUCGGGUGCCAUAUUGAUGGUUUUAUAUCGCGGUCCGUCUUUGAUAGGAUAUACAGAACUGGUCAUUAUACCGCCGAGCGAAAUAAAUGCUAAAGGGUUGUUGAUUAAUGGUUUACAGGAUCUUGGAUUAGAUAAUUUUGAACUUGGUGUCGUGUUCUUGAUAGGGAACUGCAUGUGCAUGGCUGCUUUCCUAGCCAUUCAGGCACCCGUGUUAAAAAAGUAUCCUGCAAAUCUAUCUGUGACAGCAUAUUCAUUCUUCUUCGGAGUUUUACUAAUGGCGAUAGUCUCGUUAUUCACGGUUGAUUUCUCAAGCGACUGGAUUUUGACACAAUCAGAAAUACUUGCUGUUGUUUAUGCCGGAACUAUUGCAUCUGCUUUUAACUAUGGAGUCAUUAGUUGGUCUAACAAGAUAUUGGGGCCAACUAUAGUUUCCCUUUACAAUCCACUUCAACCUGGUUUUUCUGCCCUACUGUCUCAAAUAUUCCUUGGAAGUCCAAUUUACUUGGGAAGUAUCAUAGGGGGUUCUUUGAUCAUUGCUGGUCUUUAUACUGUUACCUGGGCAUCUUAUAAAGAAAGACAGAAAAUUGUUGGAAUUUCUUCUGAUGGCUCUUGCAUCUCAGAACCACUUAUUAUUCAUGAAAAAAGUGCACACCAUAAAGGUCAUGCAUUUUCGGGGUCCUCCACCGCAUCCCUUAACACAAAAUCAUAUGAUUAAAAUGUAAAUCAUGAUUCAUAUUAGAAUGUCAAUAAAGAGCGAACCGAUGCACGAGGCUUCUACCAAGUGAAGUGAGAGAAGAGUAAGUAAAUGUACACAGUCUUACCUUCGCAAACGGAUAGGCUGUUUUUAGGAUUUGAACAUGUGAGCUUCAAAUCACAAGACACCAACCUUGUCAUUUCGCAAAUACUUGUAAAUCAUACUUUCUCUGUUUUAUAUUAAGUGUCACUUGUAAAUUCUUUGUUUGCCUCGUAUUAUUUAUCAUUUUAGAAUACAACUGAAGUAUUAAUUACUUUCAUUAAACCUUUGAUUCUUUA